AUGGGAACAAUUCUUUGGUAUGCCAUUGUCGUGCUUUUGCUCAAUGUUGUGUUCACCAAUGAUGAGAUCCAAGAAAAGAAGGAUGGACCCGCGUUGUACCUCUUUCAGGUCUUGUUCUGGAUGUGCUAUCCACUCCAUGCUAGAUGGCGAAAAGGAGAGCCAGACAUGUCACACUUUUUUAUCUACGGAAUGGUUUUGUCUCUUGCAAAGGUGCCCCUCAAGAGCACUAUAGUCACGUCGUCAGCUCCAAACAAGGCGUCAGAUCCCAAACUAUCAGAUUCCAUGGCAUCGCGGGUCCAGGAAGAAGAAGCAGUAGAUACCAGCUGA